GACAUAGUAGGAUGAGUCAUUAUUUUCCUCAACUCUAGAAAAGGGAAAAAAAAGAAGACAGGUAAUGUAUGACAUACCAUAAAUUGCCAGAGAUUUUCUAGUUGUUGAAAUGUUGUUUUUUUUUUUUUAAAGGUAAGGCUUCAUUCAGAGUUUUCUAAUUUGUUAAAAUAUGAAGAAAAACAAUGAUCUUAGACUCUAUGUCAUUCGGUGAAUUUGUUUUCCAAGUUCAAUUUCCACGGUCAUUGUUGGUGUGGUAUUCUGCAUUUUAAUCAACUAAUACAUUUGUAUAUUGCUUUCUAAAUGAUCGUAAGUAGUUUCCUGGCUUGGUGUUGUGCUUUGGCAACUAGAUUGUUAAGCCCUUAGUUCUUCAAUCAUCUCUUUGUUCUCCUCUCCCCGCCCCCCUACACCCAGGCCUUUCCACAAUCCCUGCAGAGUUUACCGCUGAAUUUCUUCUGAUCGCAUAGAUAGUAUAAGACUGUCCACAGAUUUAGUUACACCGGGGGGUUGGGAGGAUGGAGAAAGAUUUUAUUAAAUAUAUGCAUCGUAUUUUUAAGACACAUCCUUGUAGAAUGUUAAAAUGGGGUGGGGUAGGGAGCGAGGGCGGAGGCGGAGAGGGGAUAUACGUCUCAGGAUACAGGAAAUACGGAAAGAGCAAAACCAGGAGGAAGCUCUGUGCCUGGAGGGGACCCGCCGCCAUCUCAGGUCUCUUGGCCUCAUCAGGGCCCACCGGAAAGAGCUGACGCCCGGGUCCUGUAAUCCUUAUGGGUGACCAACCUUGUGCCUCCGGGAGAUCCACACUCCCACCUGGAAACACGCGGGAAACCAAGCCGCCAAAAAAGCGCUGUCUUUUAGCUCCAAGGUGGGAUUAUCCAGAAGGAACUCCUAACGGAGGUAGUACCCCUCUCCCUUCCGCACCUACUCCUGCAUCACCGGGCCUGAAGUCGCACCCACCUCCUCCGGAGAAGUAGUACAACACACUUCUCCCACCCCAAACCAGGUAUUCAGGAAGCACAGAGGAUGAACCAAGUCAUUCUGCCUGGUAGUAAUCAUGAUCCAUCAAAGAGGAAGGGGUAACUUUGGGUGGGCCUUAAAAAGUGAGUGAUGUCUGCCAUGUGGAGGGGGAGGGAAUGCUUUUCUUCGGGCCUAGCAUUUCCAGAACAAAAGCUCCAAGGCAGGUUUGUUCUAGGAAAAGCUUGGCUAUAAUUCUGAAUCUAUGAGAAUAAUUAGGAGGUGAAAUAGAGUAUUGCAGAGCCUUGAAUGAUAUGCUAACGAGUAUGCAGUUUAAUCCCUAAGUAGUGACAACCAUUGAAGAGUUUCAAGAAAGUGAUAUAUUUUAGGAAUCCCGUUCACUGUUAGAAAAAAUCUUCGAUUUAGAUGAACUUAUAGGAUGCAAAAAAUAAAAUCUGAUCCAAACCUCACAAAUUCUUGUAAUCCGAAAGGGCAUCCUUUCCUCAUUCAUGCGGUAAACCCUUAAGGAGCCCUUUCAAUGGACUAGGCAUUGUGCUAGGAGCUCUACGGAAUGGAUAACCAAAGCAUAUAGGAGUGAAACAGUGGCAGCUAAGGGGGUUCCAGACUUGGGGUUUGAUAGUGGUGCAUAGAAAAAGAAUGAGCUCUGUUGUGCUUGAAAGUAUUACCCAGUCACAUUCCUUACAGCCUGAUUUCCCUCAACUUCACCUCUGUCCAAAGGGUGGUGGUGUGGGAGUAGUGGGAAACCAUAGGGAUAGCACCGCUCAAACAGAAAAUGAAGUUGUUUAGGUCAAGAAGUGCAAGAGCUACAUAAUUGCCUCCAGUGAUUCAAAUCAUUGAAAAUUAUACUAAUAGCGAAUAUUUACUGAACAUCUUUAUGUGCCAGGCACUGGUCUACAAUGCCUCCCAGAGUUUGUUCUCUUAAUUGCUAAGCAAUAGUUCCCUCCUAAUACUGUCUAUAUAACUUUUUUUGGGGGGGGAGUAUGUUAGAGCAUAGGGAUUUGAGGAGGCCAGGGGAAAGAGAUAAACAGUAAAGAAGAAAUGAUUUCACUUUAUUUUACUAUUUUUCAGUCUUUGAGGGAUUGCAGUAUGACUCUAUUUCCUUGGUAUAUGUGCUGCCGAAGCAAGCACCUGACUCUGUUUCCUUAGUGCAUUCAUAAAAUAGUUCACUCAGUGAAGACAAUGAAGAUUAUUGACAAUGCUACCCUGCUUUUUCUGAUGUUCUACACCAGGAAGUUGUGAUUUUUAAGGUAAUCUCUUUACCAAAAACUUAUUAAAAGAGGGAGAAGAAUAAGAGUUGAUUAUGACACAUUAAAAAUAACUACCCCAGAGUUCCUUUGUGGUGCAGUGGGUUGAGGAUCUGGCGUUGUCACUGCAGCAGCUCAGGUGGCUGCUGUGUUGCAGGUUCGAUCCCUGGCCCUGGAAUUUCCACAUGCCACAGGCAUGGCCAAGAUAAAUUUUUAAAAUGAAGAAAUAAUUACUCAAAAACAAAAAGCUAGCACCAAAUGAUAAAAUUUAAAUCAUUUCUACAUUAUAUGAAACCAUAUGUAUAUACCAUAUAAUAAUGUUAUAUAUAAGCUGUUCUGUUAGAUUCACUCCUAAUUACCUUAUGGUUUUUGCUGUUACUGUGAAAUACACUUUUUAAACCACAUUUUCAGAUUAUUGCUGGUAAAUGGGAACAUGAUUGAUUUUUUUUAUUUACAUGAUUGAUAUUUUUAUAUACUGAUGUUAUAUACCGUAACCUUUCUGAAUUCUAUUUGUUCCAAUAAUUUGUAGAUUCUUUGGAUUGUAUGUUAAUUAGUCAUAUUGUGAAUAACGACAGUUUCUUCCUUUCCAAUAUUGGCUUUUUAAAUUUGCCUUACUGUGCUAGCUAGAGUCUUCGGUACAAAAAGAAAUAGUGGCAGUGGUAGAGGAUUUCCUUGUCUUGCUUCUGAAUAUACAAGGGGAUUCUAUACGUGUUUACCAUUUUUAGUAGGUUUUCUUUUUCAGGUUAAAAAAUUUCCUUUGUAUUCUUAGUUUGCUGAGAGCUUUUAUUAUGAAUGAAUGUGGAGUUUUAUCUCCAAAUACUUUGUAUCUACUCCCCGAUCAUAUGGGUUUUUUUUCCUCCAUUAAUACGACAAUGUGACUGUGUGAUGAAUUACAAUAAUCGAUUUUCUAAUAUAUUUCCUUCUUUUGGUUUCAUCAGUCCUCACCAUUUAAUAUUUUGUCUAUUUUAAUAAUUUUUCCUUUUAUUUUUUCUUUACUAUUUGUUUGCUGUAUUUCUAAUCUAUUUAUUUUAAAUCUUUCCUAAAAUAAGAAUUUAUAACUAUAAAUGUUCUACUAUGUACCACUUUAGAAGAAUUUCACAGGAUUUUAUGUGUACUAUUUUAUUAUUAUUUCCUAAUUUCUUUUAUGAUUUCUUUUUGAUUCAUGAAUUAUUUGGUUCUUUAAAAAAUUUACAGACAUAGAGGUCUCUUUUUUAGAAAUCAUAUUGUGACAUCAUUAAUCCAGUUAUAGUUAAACUUUAUCUUUUUUUCUGCUUUAAAAUAUUUAAUGUGUUUUAUUCAUCUGGUAACAUAAAGCAAAUUUAUAUACUGGCUUCUCAUCCCAAAAGAUUUUAGCAAUAUAAAACUUUUUCUUCCAUUAAAUGGAAAACUGUGAUUAUUCUAUUCAGUGAUGGAGUUAUUGCUCAUAUUUAUACAUGUGUUAUUAAACUUUUUGUUUUAAUCUAAUUUUAUGCUUAAAGAAAAAUUGUGAGAAUAUUACAAAGAAAUCCCAUAUACCCUUUACCUAGACUCACCAAUUACUAUUUUUCCAUGUUUGCUUUAUCAUUCUCUAUUUCAGUUUGUGUUUCUCCCUCUCGUCCCAUUUUUUCCUCCCCUCCUCCCCCAAUCACUUCCCCUCUCUUCUACUUUCUCCUCUUCCUUUCUCAACUAUUUGAGAGUAACUUGCAGACAUCAUGCUCCUUUAUCUGUCAAUACUUCAGUGUAUGUUUUCCUCCAAAUGAUGCCAAUCUCUUACUAACUUCAGUACAUGUGUCAAAAUAGAAAUUUCACAUUGUUUCAAUUUUUUGUUUCAUAAACCUUUAUUAUCAAGAUUAUAUACUUAUACUCACUGAAAAAGGAAUGUGUUUGGGAGAACAUGUAUUUCAAAUGGAUAAUGUAAGGUCUAUUUUUGUUCCUUUUUUCCAGCUUCAUUGAAACAUUUAACAUAUAGUGUUGUAAGUUUAAAGUGUACAGUGUGAUGAUAUGCUACAUGUAUAUAUUGCAAAAUGAUUACCCACAAUAAGAUUAGUUAACACAUCAGUCAUCUCACAGUUAUGAUUUUUUUUGUGUGCGGUGAGAACUUUUAAGACCUCUCUCCUAGCAACUUUUAAGUAUACAAUACACAAUUGUUAACUACAGUCACUGUACUAUAGUAUUAACUAUACUAUAACUAUAGUUAUAUAACUAUAUAUACUAUAACAGUAGCAUUAAUUAUAGUAUACAUCAUGCUGUACAUUAAACUUCCAGAAUGUAUUUAUGUUAAAACCAAAAGUUUAUUUUAUUUUAUUUUUUUAAUUAUUUCCCCAAUACAAUUACAACUGAAAGUUUAUACCCUUUUAUCACCUUCACCUUUCCCCCACCCUCCCAACCCCUGGAAACCACCAAUCUACUGUUUGUGUGAGUUCAGACUUUUUUUUUUAUGUUCCAUAUAUAAGUGAAAACAUACAAUAUUUUUCUCUCUCUGCUAACUUAUUUCACUUAGCCUAAUGCUCUCAAGUUUUAUCUAUUAUGUCAGAGAUGGCAGGAUUUCCUUCUUUAUAUAGCUGAAUAAUAUUCCACUAUAUAUAUAUAUAUAUAUACACACCACAUUUUCUUUGUCCAUUCAUCUCUCAGUGGACAUUUAGAUUUUUUCCACAUCUUUGUUAUUGUAAAUAAUGAUGCAGUAAACAUAAAGGUUGAAAAUAUCUCUUUGAGAUAGUAAUUUCAUUUCCUUCAGAUAUAUCCAGGAGUAGAAUCGCUGGAUCGUAUGAUAGCCCUAUUUUAAUUCUUUUUUUUUUUUUUUAGGAACCUUCAUACUGUUUUCCAUAGUAGAUAUUUCAAUUUACAUUCCUAUCAAGGAAUGUGCAAGGGUUCCCUUUUCCCUGUAUCCUCACCAGCAUUUAUUACCUUCUGUUUUUGUUAAAGCCAUUCUAUCAAGUGUGAGAUAUCUCAUUGUGGUUUUGACUUGCUUUUCUCUGAUGAUUAGUGAUGUUGAGCACCUUUCCAUGUACCUAUUGGCCAUCUGUAUGUCUUUGAAAAAAUGUCUGUUCAAAUAUUUCUCACCUUUUUGAGUUGGAUUGUUUUUCCACCGUUGAGUUGUAUGAGUUCCAUAUAUAUUUUGGGUAUUAAUUUCUGAUCAGUUAUGUGGUUUAAAAUACUUCCUAUUCCAUACUUUAUUUCAUAAAUAUGCUAUUUCUGUCAUUUAUUUUAAUGAUCAAAUUGUCCCAGUGGCAAUCCAUUCAAGCUGGAUUCUCUAUGCAUUUGACACAUUCCCAUCAUUCUUUGAUACAUACUUUGACUUCAGCAUUUCCUUACUUUCUUGUCUUAUAUUUCCUGCUUCAUUAACCAUUUCAGGCUUGUCUUAUAUUUCCUGCUUCAUUAACCAUUUCCCUAUGAAUUUAUGGUACUUUUUAGAGGGACAUGGUAUUUAAAAACCAAGACAAAAAAUACAUUGAUUUUUUUUUAAUUUUUUAAAAAUUUUUAUGCAAUUUUAAAGAUUACUUUCCAUUUACAGCUAUUACAAAAUAUUAGCUAUAUUCCCCAUACUGUACAAUACAUUCUUGAGCCUUUCUUUACCCUCUAGUGUACACCUCCCAAUUCACCACCACUAUAGUACCCCUCCCCUCUCCUCCCGCUGGUAACCACUAGUUUGUUCUAUCUAUGCAUCUGCCCCUUUCUGCUCUUUUAUUGUUAGUGUAUAGAAAUCUAGCAGAUUUCUGUGUAUUAAUUUUGUACCCUAUGACUUUACCAAAUUAAUUGAUGAGCUGUACUAGUUUUCUGGUGGCAUCUUUAGGAUUUUCUAUAUAUAGUGUCAUGUCAUCUGCAAACAGUGACAGUUUUAUUUUUUCCUUUAGGGUAUAUGGAUAUUUUCUAGCUUGACAUUAUGUUAUUCUUUCCCAUUUAAUUACAUUUUGUACAAACAAUGUAGUUUACAUGAUACUGACUAUAUAGUAUUUAUUGAGACAUGCUUUAUGUUCUAGAGAACAUUAUCAAUUUAUUUGUGCCUGAAAAUGUUUUGUAUAUUCUAAUUGUUACAUGUGCACUCUGUAAAUGUCCAUCAAACUUGCUGACUGUCUUGUCAGCAAGAGUGACAUUAAAAUUAUCUUUUAUAUCACUCUUAAUUCUGUUUGUUUGCUAGAUCUU